UCCGGUCUCAAGCAGACAGCCUGAAAAUGGCACCACGAAAUUCACCGAAAAAGACUUCCAGAUAUAUGAAGUAUUUGAGCAUUUGGAUUGGAUUUGUAUCUUUGAUGGCAUUUGGGAAUACGAUGCAAUGUUUCGUUGACCACAGCUUUCUAUAUUCCCGACUCUACACUGUUUCUGAAUCGAAUGUGAAUGGACUGGUUGCUCGACUGUUUGGUAUAUGGACACUUAUUUCAGGUGUUUUAAGAUUCAGCUGUGCUAUUGAUAUCUAUAACAAAGCUGUGUACAACCUGACACUGGUUUCAUUCGUGGUUGUGUUUGUACAUUAUGUGACAGAGAUCCUUAUCUACAACACUGUCGAGUUGUGUGUUGGUGUGUCAGCCCCAUUCAUUGUGUCCUUUAUCUCCAUUGCCUUCAUGAUCCAUGGCUACAAGUAUCUGAGCCCUGCCAGGGUCCCCCAGAACAAUGAAAAUGAAGAACUCAGCAGCAAGUUUAAAAAGAAAUAUGGAUGACUAAACAGAUAACAUAAUCUGGUAGUUCUAGUCCUCAUCUUAUGGUGGUAUAUUAAAUGCAAUAUUAAUGGGCUUCUGAAAAUACUUAACUGGUUGCGUCAGAAUGUCUUUUUCUGUGGUAAAUCACAUAUGUAUUUCUCAUGAUUGUUAUAUUGAAGCGAUACAGGUUAUCUUUUGAAUUGUGAAUUUAAUUCUUUUGUCCAGUGACACUUAUCACGUUAAAGAUUUUUCUCUUUGCAUCCUCAGGGCAAGAAAUGUGAUUUUAAGGUUGAAGUGAUAUUUUGUUCUUGUUAAAUAUUGUUUAUCAGAAAACCUGUUGUCUGGUGUGAAGAUAUGCUGCUAGUGUGCAAUCCACAAUAAUUAUGCAAUUUCUCCAUUUAAAACUUGCUUGUUACUGUAUCAAGUUUAACCUUGCCAAUCGUGGAUAAUUUUCCCUUGAUUGUAGCCAGUCAGGGUAAAACUGACUAUCAUUCAAUGAUGAUUGUGAUGCCCUUGAUCUCAGUGCCAAGUUAGUGAUUCUCAUAAUUGUUUGUCAAAUGUACCAAGGAUUUGCACAGAGGCUGAUCUGACUAACAUUGUCCCUGAAACAUGCAUAAUUUAGAGAAUGGUUUUGGCUAAAUUAUCUCAAUAAGAUACAGUAAAAAUGAGCCAAGAGACUUCCUUUUCAGAAACUAGACUUGCCACUAAAUCCAUAGGUGAAAUACCUCAGAACAAAGGUAAAUAUAAAUUUUGAAAAAAAACCCACCUAUUCUCCAACUCAUUU